AUGUCAGAGCAUUUCUCAAGCAAGUCUCAGUCCACCUCACCAAGACCUCCAGGAAUUGUGAAAAGAGGACCUGUUGAGGCAAGCAUUCUUGAUUACGUGUUGUAUGUGCAUGCACCAAGCUGCAAGAAUCGCGCUUCGCUGAUAGCGUUAUUAAUUCAUUCAGAGCUUUUGUCACGUGGUGCAAGACCUACAGAAGCCAACAUGUCUUCAGCAGUUCUUAGUUCAUCGUGUUUAAAAGAAGACCCUGUUAGAAUUUCUUAUACGUUAAUAUCUCGUCCGAAAUCAGAUGCGUUAUCGACUCCAUGUGGCCAACUCCAAGUCUCUGUGACAGAAACGGAUAUGCACGUCUUCGUUAGCAUAACAGAUACAACCACAGAUAAAUUCGGACAUUUAGAGCUCUCAGGAAUUGAGCACGUCUGUCUUGAUUGUGUAAAUAAUUCCUCAUACAAAGACGCCAAUGCAGUGUUCCCUCAACUCAAUGAACUACUGGAAAGCAUUGAAGAAAACUUAUGGAAACCAGUUCUCCCAUCCCCUCCUCUUUGUCGUUCAAAUGAAACCGAUAGCCGAAGAGACAAAAAAGAACCUCGUCCAAAUAAUGAGGAUUUUCAUUCUCAACCACAAAGACCAUUUCCUGGCAGUUAUUCUGAGACAAGACCGUCAAUUGGCAAUCCUUUCUCAGAUUAUGGCAGAAGUGAUCUGGAUCCUUUAUCCAGCAUUGGAGGCCCAUCAGGUAGUGGUGGGAUGAUUCUCGAUCCAAGACGUAUGAUACCAGACGGUCGAAUUGGCGGUGGGUCAUUUUUUGGUGGGCCUGAUGUUUUGCCGCCUGGAGCAGUUCCUCCAGGUGCUAGAUUUGAUCCCUUCGGACCUGGUGUAGUACCUUCUAGGCCAAAUCUAGGUGGUGGGCGCCACCGUAUGCCAGAUCCUGAUCAUGCUCUACCACCUGGAUUCGAUGAUGCCUACAUAUAG